AUGGCGAAUCAGUUGAAUGAAGACGUUACCUAUUUAGAUUCAAUCGAUCAUUCGACUCAUACCGGAGAAAUCAUAAAUCACGAUAACAUUUUGAAGUUAGAAAAGCAUACGAAAAUUUUCGCGUCUAUGUGUCCCGAUGAAAUUCUGGACCAUUUUGACGACUAUAAAAUGAGAAAAUAUUUAACAACGCUAAUGCUCGGUGAUAUAUCAGGUUUUACCAAUUUUGUUGAAAAAUAUACGAGAACGGGUAAGGGUGGAGCAUCGAAAUUGACGGAGACGUUGAACAGUUACAUCGGUCUUAUGGUUCAAGAGAUACUUUCGCAACAUGGCGACGUAUUAAAAUUUUCUGGCGAUGCUUUUAUCGUCAUGUGGAAGCUUGAAAACGAUAAUAAUAUGCGCGAUCUAGCAACUACGGCGAUUCAAACUGCUUGCAUUAUACAAAAACAUUUUGGCAUUUAUCAGACUGAAGUUGGUAUCACUCUAAGAGUAAAACUAGCCAUAGCUUCAGGUAAGAUAUAUUUCACGUCUAUCGGUGAUCCAAAGAAUAUGUCGCAUUACAUGAUAACCGGUAGACCUGUUUGGGAAGUUAAACGUGCCGAAAAACUUUGCAAAGGUGGCGACAUUUUGGUAUCACUUAGCACCUGGCAAUGGAUAAAUCCAACCGAGUACAUUUACGAAACAUUUCCUGAUAGCUUACAUAUUCUUGUUAUAACCUGUUCUACCAUGUGGUAUACUUUGAAAGGCUCUUACAUACCCAACGAAAAAGGUAUACUAAAUAACUGGGACAAUGUUAUUGAUGAAUCGCUAAUGCCAACGGAAAACGAUACUUUGGCAUUAAUGGAUCUGUCGGACACCUCCAUGUAUUUAAAACAUAUGAAAGAGAUCGAUUAUAGUUUACGACCAAAAAUUAUAGAAAUAGCGAAAGCACAUUUGAAGGAUAGUUUGAGAAGUUACAUGUUAAGGCCGGUUAUCCGUUCGGUCGAAAUGGAGGAACCGUUGGAAUAUCUAAACGAAAUGAGACAAGUCGUUAUUGUAUUUGUCAACGCAACCAUCAAUGAAAAGAGAAAGAGACAAAUGAUGAAAUUGAUCGACGCAGCGUACAAAAUCGUUUGCAGGAUAGUCGAUGGGAUGCAAGGAUGUGUUAACAAAACGUCUCUCUUUGACAAAGACCUUAUGUUUCUUUGCGUUUUUGGUUUGCGAGGAGAUAAACAUGAACUUGAGUCACAAAUUGGUCUUAAAUGUGGCUUCAGAUUGCGAAUUGCUUUGAAAGAGUUACAAAAUAUUACUAACGUUACCGUUGGCAUUACAACGGGGAUGACAUAUUGUGGUGUUAUUGGUCAUACACUAAGAAGAGAGUAUACAGUUAUUGGAAUGGCAGUCAACAGAGCUGCUCGACUUAUGAUGGUUUACAAAAACAAGGUUGUAUGUGACAGAGAUAGUUUUCUUCAUUCUCAAUUAGAAGGCACCCAUUUCAAAUUACAAGAACCAAAAUAUUUAAAAGGAAUUAUCGACGUUGGACCAAUUUACGAAUUCAAGGAACAAGUCAGGUAAAAAGAAUCAUUGCAUUAAUACUUAGUAUUCGAUUUAAUUUCGCAAAUAAUCGAUUGCAGAUACAAAGCAUCGAAAUUCAUUUGGAACAAAUAUCCUUUGUUAGGUCGAGAAAAAGAAAUGAAGAUUUUUCGAAAGUUAUUAGCAUCUAUGCUCGACUAUAGAAUCACGAAAAGUCAUACAGCAAGUAAACCUCAGUUCAAUACAUUGAUAAUAAGAGGUGAGCCCAGAAUAGGAAAAACGAGAAUAUUAGACGAAAUGGCAUUAAACAUACCAAGUGGUAUCCCAUCGAAUUACAUUUCUCUUGUUUCAACAGACAUGAAGAAGCCGUACACCUUAUUCCAUCUGAUAUUCUCUUUACCCUUGAAAUUCUCUUUAACGUCAUCUUCAAAGGAUCGAGAAGACACGUUGAUACGUUUAUUAGGCAACAUACGUUAUCCUGAAUAUCUAUGUGUGUUGAAUGAAGUCUUCAACGUUCGUUUUCCAAUAACCAGACAAUACACAAUUUCUAUAGAAUCAGAAAGGCUUAAAAUACUUGAGCAACUUUUAAUAAAUCUAACAGAAAAAUGUUUUCAAAAACUCUGGGUCAUCAUUAUUGACGAUAUUGAAUACGCCGACGAAGAGUCUUUGAACUUUUUCGAUAUUUUUAUCCAAACGGACAUAUUUUUAUUCAUCAUUAGUGUCGGUCGAAAAGUUGGUGCAGAAUAUAGACUGGCUAAUAUAUUAUUAAAAAAAGCACGAGUAUGUGUCGUUGAACUGGAAGGUAUCGAUAAAUGGUAUCACAUUGGUAUUGUUUGUCAAAUACUCAAUAUACAUGGUAUAUCUUCAGAAUUGGAGAAGCAAAAUUAUUUGUUUAGAUUGAUUCAAGAACAGAGUUUGGGAAAUCCAGGUUGGAUCGAAAGUUAUUUGGUGAGUCUCGUACAAAGUGAUAAAAUAGAAAUUUUAACUAUUACCAGAAAAGAAGCUGAGUCAGUGGGAUAUGUUUUAGCCGAAUUGAAAAUGUUAAGAAGAUUCGUUACUGAUACGACUAUUUUAAAAAAAGACUUCUCUCGCGAGGACAGAUGGGAAAUGUAUAGGACAAGUUACAAGGAUGAAACAAUGUUAAUGAUCGAUGAAAAGAAUGACAUCGAUACGAAUCAUGAGCUCAUAAACGUAGCUUUUGCAAAGAUAUUAGAGACGUCAUUAAUCAAAAACACAAAUAUUCAAAUAAAUAUGGAGGUACUUAUUUUAAAAUUGUUCGAUGCCUUAACGCCCCUCGAUCAAUUAUUACUUAAAUGUGCUUCUGUACUUGGCGCAUUGAUUAAUCGAAAAAUGUUGGAAAGUGUAGUUGAAAUACCAAAGAAAGACAUAGCUCUAAGUAAGAUCGGAUUACUAAUAUACAUAUAUAUACAUUUACUUAUUUAUUUAUUUAUUUAUUUAUUUAAAUUCCCGGCGACAUUAGCUAUUCGUAAACUUUUCGAAAUCCGAAUUUUCGAAUGCGGAAUUGGAGAUUUUACUAAAAACAUUGGUCCCAUUAUAUACUACAAGAGCAUACGUAAUCAUAUCAAUAAUAUCGAUAUUCGAUGUAGAUGUAUUGGCAUCGUGAUACCAAGUACUUUUUUAAUUAUUCUCAACAAAAACAUUCUUUUCUCUUUUUUUCUUAUUUACUUUGAACUCGAUUGUCAUUUAGAGGAACUGGAAAAUUUGCCAAAGUAUGCAUCAUGCGGUCUCAUACGUUUCAAGACGACGAUAUUUCAAGACACGACAUAUAGAUUACUCACGGAGAAUCAAAAAAUCGAGUUGCACAAUAAAGCACUCAAAUAUUUAGUACGAAAUACAAGACGUUGCAUAUCAUGUGGCGAAGGAUAUUUUUCGAAAUUGUUAGGUGAAAAAUUCUUGGAUGAAGUAGGAAAAUUACCAUUACAAUAUCCAUUGAAUAUAACACAACUUCAUGGAAUGAGUAGCAAGAUAUUCAACGUACCAAAAAUAAAAAAUGUAUUAACCACUGAAAAGAUUUCACCUUAUUUAAGUAUUCUGAAAAGAUCAAAGAAAAAACUAACACGUACUUUUUCCAACAUUGAUUUCACUAAUUGUGAAUGUAAUUUGAUAUUAUUAACCGUUUACACACAAAUGGUUGAGCAUUGUCGUGAAAUUGGUAAUAAUAAUAAGACUUUAAUCGCCAUAUUAGAAUUCGCCGAAAUUUGCAUUGAAAAUCAAAAUGUUCCUGAAGCAAGAAAAUUGUUGGACGAGGCUGAGACUAUACUUCAACAGAUGUUCGAUCCAAACGUGAACGAUACAGUUAAAUUUCUGUACCUUAUCGCUAAGAUUCAAACUUUACAAGGUAAAUGUUAUUUCGAGUCUGGGUACACUUCAGAAGCCGAGAAAAGCUUGGACAAAGCGAUGAAAACGUUAGGCUACCAAUUUCCACAAACGAAUAUAAUGAUCAAUCUAAAAACUAUAUUUCAAUUGAUAAAACUUAAAUUUUUAUUAUUUUUCUGUCGGAGAAAACGAAAAAAUGAUAAAAACGAAGACGAUUAUGUUACGAACUACUUGAAUCAAUUGGCGUAUUGCUUGGCUCAAAUGUUCGAAGUUUUCAAGUUCGACCCGUUAAAAAACUUUCGCUCCGUCCUAUAUUUUCUAUUUUUAAUUUUUAUUAACCUUAAUCUGAUCGUAAUUUCUAAGAUUAAAGGUAUGAAAAAAGAGACUCGAUUGGCAGCAAUAUGGGCACUGAACGCAGUACGUUCUAACAACGAUUUCUUGAUACUUGCCACGUGUUACACCAAUAUGCUGACUACCGCUCACAUUUAUUGCAGCAAUAACAUCAUUAAGUAUUUGGAGAACGAGAGCAUCGAUUUGUGUAAUGAAGAAAUGAGGUUGAUAGAGUAUCAAGAUCUCAAAAUCAUAAUUGAACUUUAUGCCGGUAUUUUUUUCUCACGUUGGAUAAGAGGACAAAUUGACAAAGCUAUUGAGAUUGGUUUCAUCGUUAUCAGAUUAGCAAAAUCAAUCAAUUUAACGAGUACCGAAUGUAUCGUUUUACCAAGACUCGUUAAUCUUCUGAUGCUCUCUUGUCGACAUUCCGAAAUUGUCUCAGUAUUACGAGACUUAGAAUUUAUAUCAAAAAAUUAUAUGGACAAGUCCGGUUAUACAUGGUAUUACGCAGCGUGUGUCGAUGUACAAUUGGAUAUAGGAUUGACGGUCCUUUCUUAUGAACAUUGCGAACGUUAUUAUUUGAAAGAAGGUGAACAUCUUUUCAGCUUGCGAGAUCCGGAAGCCGAAAGACGAUAUUUUACAUCGAUGUGGCUAUGGUGUAUUAGAAACAAAGAAUGGGAAGCAUCUAAGGUAUGGUUGGAAAAAAAAGUUGGAAAAAAAAGAAGCGACGAGGAUCUAGUAGCAGCCACUCUCACGGAUUUGAAAGAACUCGAAGGAAUGCUUAUUUCUUACGUAUAUUAUAUGAACAAUUAUGACAUCAAAGCAAUAGAUAUUAUGGCGCAAAUCGAAGUUUCCUUUCAAAAUAUUAAAAAUUUGCUGAAGGUGGUAAAAAUUGUAAUACCAAGGUACAUAUUAAUGAAAGCUUACUAUUUCAUGGUUCGUGGUUAUAAAAAAAUAGCUAUAAAGAUUUUGCAUAAAGCUAAGAAAAUAUCUUCCAAAAUGAAUAAUAAACUGAUAUAUGGAUGGGCAGUGCAUUGUAAACAAGCUUGGGAAGGGAAACUAUCACCGAUACAACAAGAAAUGUGGCAACAGUCUUUGAUCACUUUGCCUUCAGCUUGGGACGAAAUUAAUGCUAACGAUAGGAAAGUUUCUUUUUAUACACUGCCAGUAUUAAAUUUAUAAAACUGUUAAAGCUAUUAACGACCUAUUAAAUCUAUUAAAUCUUGUCUUAUUUGUUAAAUCUUAAUUUUGUUUCAUUGAAACGAUUAUUUAAUGAUAUAAUAUAUUCUACUGUACAUAAAAAGUAAUUAAAUCUAUUCGAUACAUGCACAACACACGUCUACUCGAAUUAAAUACCGUUGAUAUGUUAACGUUUUUAUGAAAUAAUACCAUUACGCUACGAGAACGAUUAUCAUUGGUUAAUUUAUAAAAUGGCAAUGCGCGCCAUCUUAAGUUAAUUUAAAUAAAAAUAUAUAAGCUUUGUUGUAAACAAAAUUGUAUUUAUAUUGAAUCGUAAAGAAAUAAUAAUGCAUUUAUUUUUAUAUAAUUAUUUAAUAAGUACGUAUUUCUCGUUUUACUUGUAACUUCAAAUUUUCUACGUGUGUUUCCUCUAAAAUAUUGUUACUAAUUCAACUAAAAAAACAAAAGACUAACUUGUUUGAUUUGGAAAACUUCAAUAAAUUCAGCAACAUGUCCAGAAACAAAUUAUUUUAAAUCUAAACAAAAAUAUAUCUUUCGAAUACAAAAUUUUAAUCUACCAGAUACCUACAUCUUAUCAACAAACAUGUCGUGUUUUCCGUGCUCUUCAAACUGUUAUCCAUGUGCACCAGUAUGUCCUACACCUUGUGUACGACUCUGCUAUACGUGUCCAGUAAAGGUCUGUCCACCUCCACCUUGUCCCGCACCAGUAGCAUGUUGUCCACCUAUGAUACCCAGCUUUUCCUGCGGUCCUUGCAGUCCUUGUGGUCCUUGUGUACCUUGUGUACCAAAAUGCUAUCCUUGUGCACCGGCACGAAUUAUAUGCAUGCCUAGCUGUCCACCUUGCACAGUCAAAGUAUACAGAUGUUAAUACGAUUCUAUCCAAAACAAAGUUUGGCCAAACAUACUUUCAUAUAAAUGAUUUUUUAGAUUUCCAAAAUGCAGCAGUUAUUUAGAAAUAAAAUACUCUAUAUUGUCAAUUGUAACAAACAUUAACAAUAGAUAUUAAUGAAUAACAAUACAAAUUUAUUAUUUUAUAUUUUAUUUGUUGAAAUAAAGAUUUAAGAACAUGAA